AUGAAUGGAGCCUCUGCCGGUACAGCCUCCGCCUGGCUCAGGUGGCGUCAAAGGUCCAAGGUCGCCCGCGAGGAGCGUCCAGAUGGGUCUGACUCAACGUCUUGCUCGCUUGCUUCCAGCUGGCAAAGUUGGGUGGUGGACCCAGCCGAGCGCCUCUACUACAUUUGGCUCCAGCUGAUGGUUCUACCUGUGGUCUACAACUGGGUCGUCAUCAUCCUCAGGACCUGUUUCCCCUCCAUCGCCAUGGGCUACCUGGCCAUGUGGCUGGCACUGGACUACGCGUCUGACCUGAUGUACGCCGUCGACAUGAUCAUCGCCCUCCGUUCGGGCUACCUCGAGCAGGGAAUCCUGAUCAAAGACCCGGACCGCCUAAAGAGUCGCUACCUGAGGUCCAGGCGUUUCUUCCGGGAUCUGGCGUCCAUAAUGCCCACCGACUUGUUCUACCUGGUCUUCGGCAUCCGUGCGGCCGCGGUGAGGAUCAACCGUCUCUUGCGUACGCCGCGGUUAAACGAGGCCCUGGACCGCAUGGAAACCCGGACUUCGUACCCCAACACAUUCCGUAUCAGCAAGCUGAUGAUCUACAUCUUCGUACUGAUCCACUGGAACGCCUGCCUCUACUUCGCGCUCUCCGACUACAUCGGCUUCGGGAGCGACGGCUGGGUUUACCCCAACAUCUCGGACCCGGAGUUCGCGUCGACCCGUCGCCAGUACUUCUACUGCUUCUGGUUCUCUGCCCAGAUCUUCACCACAGUAGGAGACACGCCACUGCCCGGUCAGGAGGAGGCCUUCCUCUUUAUGAUAGCCGACCUGCUCAUCGCCGUGCUCGUCUUCGCGUCCAUUGUCGGAAACGUGGGGAACGUCAUCACCAGCCUGAGGGACCGCGACAAUGUCUUCUUUCCCAAUCACGAGCUGGUGAAGAACUACCUGCGCAGCCACCACAUCAGCAAGGAGCUGCGUCAGCGUAUCGACAACUGGUACCAGCACCUGCACAUCAACAAGAAGAUCAUGCGGGAGAACGAGAUUCUGCAGCAGCUGCCGCUCCACCUCAGGACCGAGAUUGCCGUCAGCGUGCACUUACCGACCCUCUCCAAGGUGACCAUCUUCAAGAGCUGCGAGAAGAGUCUUCUGGAGGAGCUGGUGCUAAAGCUUACGCCACAGGUCUUCAGCCCAGGGGAGUACGUGUGCAGGAAGGGCGACGUGGGCCACGAGAUGUACAUCAUCAAAGAAGGAAAGUUGGCCGUAGUGGCGGACGAUGGCGUCACAGAAUUUGCCGUUCUGAGCGCAGGAAACUUCUUUGGAGAAAUCAGCAUCCUCAACAUCAAAGGCAACAAGUCGGGCAAUCGGCGCACGGCCAACAUCCGAAGCGUCGGCUACUCUGAUCUGUUCGGCCUGUCCAAAGAAGACCUGACGGACGUGCUGUCCGAAUACCCGGCGGCCAAGCGGCAUCUCGAGGAGAAAGGCCGCCAGAUCCUAACCAAGAUGGGGAUGUUAGACGACGCCGGGGCAAUGGAGGGGGGUGGCGCCCAAGAAGUGGGAAUCAAGAUCGGCGUGCUGGAGAGCAGCUUGGAUGCCCUCCAAACCAAACUGGCUCGCCUCAUGGCGGAGGCCGAGUCAAGCAACCGGAAGAUGGAGGCCCGCGUGGCCCUCUUGGAGUCGGAGCUGGAGGCUAGCCGCGGGCGGCAGGUGGAAGUGGGCGGGGCCGGGGCGGAGCCUCCCGGGGACGCGCGCUGGUCAGGUGUCGGCCAGGAAGCCGCCGACCAACAAGAGGAUGUCGAAGGAGAGGAGGGACGAGCCGGAGGCGAGCUAGACAGCGAGGACCGUGUGGAAAACAAGAUGACGCAUCGGGGACUACAGAUGGACAAGGCCGCCGUCAUCUACACCAUGGAGAACAAACCCAUUGUGACAUGUGCUGGGGACCAGGCCUUGUUUACCUCUCUCUACACCUCCCUGGCCCAGCAGCUUCCCAGAGAGCCCAUGGAGUGGAGGAGGACAUACGGGCGUCCCCCCAAGAUGAUCCACCUGGAGGCCAACUUUGUCCAGUUCAAGGAGGACUUGCUGCCUAAGGACGGGACCAAGGCCCUGCUCACCUUCCCUUUCCUGCACAUCUACUGGACCGACUGCUGUGACACGGAGGCGUACAGGAAUAGCGUGAAGGAGGACGUGAGCCGAUGGCAGAGCAGCUUGCGGAGCCACGGCUCGGCCGACUGGGUCAUCAUCGUGGUGGACGGCGGCGACGCGCGCAAGAAGAACAAGAGCAACAUCCUGCCCAGGUCCUCCAUCGUCGAUAAGAUCCGCGGCGACUUCUGCAACAAGCAGAAUGACAGGUGCGUGGUGUUGUCGGAGCCGAUGAAGGACUCGUCGCGCUCGCAGGAGUCGUGGAACGCGUUGCUCCUCAAGCUGAGGACGCUCCUGCUCAUGUCCUUCACCAAGAACCUGGGACGCUUCGAGGACGACAUGCGCACCCUCAGGGAGAAACGCACUCAGCCCGGGUGGAGCUUCUGUCAGUACUUCAUGGUCCAGGAGGAACUGGCGUUCGUCUUUGAGAUGCUGCAGCAGUUCGAGGACGCGCUGGUGCAGUACGACGAGCUGGACGCGCUCUUCACGCAGUACGUCCUCAACUUCGCCGCCGGAGACACGGCCAAGUGGUUGGGCUCCUUCUGCUCUCCGGUGUCGAACUGGAGCGGCCUGCUUCUGCGCCGUCCCAUCGACAUGGAGAAGCGCGACGGCAUCCAACGCGGCUCGACCGGCCUGCUGGACCUGCGGGGCUACCUCUUCUCCCGGCAGUGCACGUUGCUCAUCUUCCUGCAGAGGCCCUGGGAGGUCACGCGCAGAGCCCUGGAGCUGCUGCACAACUGCGUGCACGAGUUGCGCCUGCUCGAGGUGUCGGUGCUGGAGGGGGCGCUGGACUGCUGGGUGUUCCUCAGCUGCCUGGAGGUUCUGCACCGCAUCGAGAGCUGCUGCGACCAGCCCCAGUUGGCCGCCAACAGCGCGCACACCGUAGGACUGUGGGCCUACGCCACCGAAAAGCUCAAGUCUCUGGGGAAACUUUGCGGGCUGGCGUCCCGUCAAGGUCCCACCUCGGAAGACUUGAACAGGACGGUGGACCUGCUGGCCGGACUGGGGGACGAGCGGCCUGAAACCGUGAACAGCCUGCAGAGUCCCUACAAGAAGCUGAAAGAAGCCUUAUCGUCCGUGGAAGCUUUUGAAAGGCACUACCUGGAGCUGUCUCAAGCGGCCAUGGAGAUGUACCGGGCCAUCGGGAGACGGCGCUCGGCUCGACUGCUCGGGAAAAGCCUGGCCGAGUUUUACAUGAGCAAAGGCGAACCGGAGCAAGCGGAAAUUUUGCUGUCGGACGCCCUGGCUUCGUACGUUUCCGAAGGUUGGAGUUUUCCGGUCACUCACACCAGGAAGCAGAUAGCCGAGUGUCAGAAGCUGCUGGGACGAAGCGUCGACUCGUUGAAGACUAGCGCCUUACUAGCGGGCGACGCUAACCUCGACGCGGACGAGAGGACGCGAUUCUGCCGGGACGUGCUGGACUUUGCCGGCGAUGACGGUUCUGUCAAGUCCUCGCUGGACAUGGGCGUCUUCGCCAAGCUCACGCGGUUACAGUUUCGACCGGAUGGGGCGUGCGUGCACUCGGGCGCCCUUCUGCAGGUGGAGCUGACGCUACAUUGCUUGAUGCCGGUUCCCGUGCACGUGGAGGAACUGGCCGUCAGCCUCCACUUGGACGCCGAGCACGGUUCUAAGGGCCAGAGGCACGGGAGCGGCACCGGCGGCGCGUUCCCCGACACGGUGGACUUGGAGGCGGCCGUCUCCCCGCCGGGACGCCCCUCCUCUCUUAGCGCCGGCCCGGUGCCGGAGAUGGACGAGGCGCACGACCGCAGCCCCACGGACAAUUCUCUCAGCUCGGCCGGCGUGGUGUGUAAGAACGCCCACCUGGUAAUACGGCGCCACGACGGCUCGCCUCAGGACGAGCCGCGCGCCCCCGCCGGGAACCCCCCGACCAACGCGCCGACGGUGGCCCUGAAGGAGGGGGCGCGCGUGCUGAGGACGCGCGACAUCACGCUGGAACCCGGAGAUAAUAGUGUCGUGCUGACGGCGCCUAGCGACGAGUCCGGCACGUACACGCUGCGACAGCUGUGCGUGGCCUUGGCCCGAGUCAACUUUGUCCUGCCGCAUCUCUACCCGGCGGUCCAGUACCAUGUCUACUCUCAGGAACCGCAGCUCUCCGUCCAGCCGCUCUCCGAGCCGCUGCUGGCCGGCUUGCCGCAGACGGUCAAGUUCACCCUGCUGACAGGUCACUACGCCGUGAAGAAAGGCGACGCCCUGCAGCUCAGCAACAGCCACGGCAUGCCCGUCCUCACCCGUGCCAGCUGCGCCGCUCGCGUCAGCAACACCAGCGCAGCGGCGCGCGAGAGCGUGCUCUCGGUGCAGUCGUCCGACAAGGUGACCAGCAUCAGCCUGCCGCCCACCCCUCCCUACCACACGCUGGAAUUCCAGCUGGAGGUCCUGUGUCUCAUCCCGCCCGGACCGGAGCGGCCCGCCGACGAGAGGCUGACCAACGGCGAAGUCCGGCGACGCCCGCGCAGUUACAGCCACCCCGACACGGCCAUGACCGCCGUCGACCAGAGGAUGUCCAUCGACUGUCCGUGGUCCAUCUACUCCACGCUGCUGGCUCUCACCUUCCACAUCCCCUUCAAGACGGAGCACUCGCUGCUGUCCGCCGGAAACCGGAAGUACAUCCAGGUUUGCGUACGCAACGUGUCCGAUUCGGACUUCGCGCUGGCUCAAGUCAAACUGGCGGAGAAACGGCCGCCGCGUCAGGAACGGGAGCAGCAACUGCGGCCCGAGCUGGAGAUGCGAUCUCUCAACGCCGCCGCAGAGCAGUUGUUGUGCAGUAAGCAGAGCGUGUUCUGCUUGUGGGAAGUGACGAGCGCCGGCGAGCUCCCGUCUGGCGUGGCCUGCGUCUUCUCCGCCGGCUUCUUCCCCCGCGGGCACCGCGGCGCCACCGACGCUUUCGAGCUGUUCCACUACCACUUCCAGUUGGACAGGGUGCCCACUCUAUACAGCGUGAAAGCCGACAUCGUUCCCCCGGCCGGCGAGCGACACUGUCGCUCGGGCGCCCUCUGCGGGCUGGAGGUGCUCAUCGCGCGACUGUCGUCGCCGGCCGACGACGAGAAAGCGGACGCCGACGGCAAACUCAUGUAUGAAGUGGCGGACAGCAGCAGUAACUGGGCGGUGUGCGGCAAAAGUUCGGGGCUGGUGUCGCUCCCGUCGGCCGCCGCUUCGCCGCACAGAGUUCAAAUCGAGGUCAUGCCGCUGUUUGCCGGCCAUCUCCCUUUCCCUAAGAUCCAAGUCCUCAAGUAUCUUCCUCACAACGCCGCCGUCCAGCCAGACGCCGACGGCCCGGUGGAGAACGACAGCCUGUCCCUGCUGGACGAGGCGGCGGCCGACACGGCCAGCGUGCGCAGUCGCGGCAGCGUCCAGUCGCUGGGCGAGCAGCAGCAACAGCAGCGGGGCGCCGCCAUGCCCCGCCUGGACCCCUUCAGCCCGGGCCAGGUCUUCAACCACAGCCACGCCCGGCAGGUCCUGGUCCUGCCCGCUGCCGACGACCACAUCAUGGAGGUCCACGCCACGUGA